UGUGACUGUCAUUUUAGGGCAGUGUUCGUUUUCCCAAUACGAAAAAUAUCAAUAAUGAUCAAUAUUUCAUAUGAUUUAUCAAUUGGGAUAUUAUCCUAAUAAUAUUUCGCCCCAUCUUGUUUUAAAACAAUAAGAAUGUGUGAUGUUUGUUCAGAAUUUUCGCAGCUUUUAGUCAAUUGUGAAGCUAGGCUAACCGACGAUGUAUCUCAGUACCCUUCUAUAAGCCAAUCUGAACUAGAAACAGUGUUAAACUACAUUAUUUCUUGGCCACAAAGGCAAUGUAUGUGCUGCUAUAGGGAUGUGAAGAACUUUGAAAGGUUUUACUUAGUUGUGCAAAGUAUACUUUGUCUGUCUGUAUGUCAACUGAAGCAACUUAAAGAUGACCUGGUGGAGGCAAGCAAGUCCUCAGCUGGUGAUGUGAAAGAGUGUACAAAGCCACCAGAACCUGCUAAUGUUAAUGAAAAUGAUGAUAAUAAUGACAAACAAAUUGAGGCUCCUAGAGAACCACAGAAGCCAAUUAACACUGGCCAGCAGGAACAGACAGAAGAAAAGACAGAAAGUCCAUCAACAUCUGCAGAGGAAACGGAAGUGUGGCCAAUUCAGCAGAAAGAGAAACUAAUGCACAUUGUUUCCAAGAUUUUUCUACUCAAUUUCCCACUUUACUUAGCCUGUAAACAUUCCACACUCCCAACCCGUUUAGAUGACUUAUCCGCCCAAGAGAUAUCAAAUUUAAGUUCUUACUGUGACUUACAUGAUACUGAAAUACCUGCAUAUCUCCUGAGGAAUGUGAGCCUCUUCUGUAAGUUAGGUGGAGUGUUCGCCAUGACCUCAGUAUUUGAGCAAGCAACACCAAGCUCUUUACCCUUGUCUAUGGCCCAUGCUAUAGUGGCAGCUGUAGGGAAUUUGAAGCUAUGGCUGAACUUCAGAGCGGUGGCUCAGCUCUUCAUGCCUUUGAGAAGCAAGAUAUUGCAGUACAUGUGUAGCUUAGAAGAUAAGGACCUCAGAGUACCAGCAGUUAAAUCAAUGGCUGAUUUUAUGUGGGGAGCUGCCAAAGAGCCUCUGGACGCGCCACUCGCUUUCGACGGCGAUGGUCUCGCACUGGCAUUCAAGUACUUCAACAGCAGCACAUUGACUAUGCGGUUGGCAGGUGUGGCACAGAUAAAUGCUCACAUCGCAGCUCACAAUGAACUGUGUGCUGGAGAACCAGCUGCCGAGGCAGAAGUGGCUGGACAGAGGCUGGCCUCGUGGCUAACAUAUAACAACAUCAUUGAGCAUCUCUUUGGGCCUAAUUUACAUGUUGAGGUUAUAAAACAAUCACACAUGAUCCUCAAGUUCCUAGCUGUGGAAGGUCGCGUGACCAUUGAGCAUAUAGAGCUGAUAUGGGCGGCCGCGCAGCUGAAGCAUUGUGGGCGGCAAGUGUACGACCUCUUACCCGGCUUCAUUCGGGCACUAGCGCCCAAACCGUGCUCCCAUCUGUACAGCUUGCUGUGCGCUUUGCCGCCUAAAGAACACACUGAACAGAGCCUGUACUUAGCGUCAGCGCUAAUGCGCGCGAUGUGGUCUCGUGGCAGCGGCGGAGGCGCGACUCUGUCCACGCCGCCGCCACUAGAAGAUGCCGCGCUGAGACAACCGCAACCUCCCUGCAAACCGCACCACAACUCCUCGUCCGAGGCUAGUGUCAGCAUGGAUCAAACUAACUCCGAUGAUGAUCCGUGUGAAGAGCUCAGCACAUCGGGCGAAGAUGCUGGUCCCACUCCGCGGAAGCAGAGCAAACACCAGCGGGAGCUCACUGCAGAACAAGAGUGGUUGCGGGAAGGAGAAGAACUCUCCAAAAAGGAGUGCGCUACACUAAAAUCUUGCCAAAAACGCAGCAAACGCGCAGGAAGCAGCGGCAGCGCGAGCAGCGGCGCGGAAGAGUUGCUGCGCCCGCGCAAGAAGAAGCUAUACAAGAAGCGACACAAGCCGCCUAAGCCCAGGCAUUUCCAAUCUCAGUUAAAGACAGCAGAACUUGCGGAAUCCGUAUCGGAGGUGGAAGAGGAGUCUUCUGGUAGCGACACGCACUGCCAGAUCCUCUGCGACAACGUAGAUGCUAGGCGUCUCAUGGAGCUACGUCUGAUGGAGAGCUACAAACGCCGCGGCGUGGUGGGGGCGAUCGGCGUGGAGGGGGAGGAGGAGGAGGGCAGCGCGUCCUCCGCGCUCUCCCCCCACUCGCACCCGCAUCUCGCUGAUCUCGACGAGGAUGAUUCUGCCUGUGAAGAAGAACUAGCCAGACUUGCCGCUCAGGCGCAGAGUCUCACCGAGUACCGAGCCGCCCACGGGCUGGCGGCGGGCGGGCGCGCGCUGGAGCGGGGCGCGCGGCCGCCGUCCCCGGCCGAGGACGCGUGCCGCCCCGCCGACACGCUGCUGUGGCAGCUGCUGCAGGACGGCAACAUUGAACAAUUAGGAGAAGGCUUGGCGCUUGAAGCAGAGAAAGCUCUGUGCGGACUACUAUGUUUCAGCACUGACAAGUUUAUAAGAAUAAAAUUCAUCGAAGGCUGUUUAGAUAAUCUCGCUAAUCACAGAUCUGUCGCAGUAUCUCUUCGGUUAUUACCGAAAUUGUUCUCGUCGUUUCAACAAUUACGAGGCAUGGAUAUGCAUCAGGUGGUAAUGUGGGCAGAACGCGAACGUGGCAUGAUGCGUUUAUUCCUCGAGGACCUCCGUCAUUACAUGGCGAAAGCGGGGGCCAUCGGGGGAGCAGGGGCGGGGGUCAACUUGGAUGCCGUUCACUAUGCCCACAUCACGGAACUUACUGUGAGGUUGCACUUCCUCACGGCUAUAUUCUCGCCGGUGGGGUCUCCGCAGCACUUCAGACUAACAGUGGAACAAGUAGAAGAGCUAUGGCAGUGUCUAGUCGUCAAAGGCGGUGGAGAAUGUGCCGAUUGUCUUUACUCGUGGCUGCUGUCUCAUACGAAGUCUCCGGAGCAACACGCACUAGGAUUGGACGCGUUGAGGUUUCUCUAUGUGGAGAAGAUGCCUACUUUGGACCCGGAGACGAUCAGUAUAAUGGGUCUCAGCCUGUACCAACAGUUGUGUAAUUUGGCGCGGAUGGCGCUCGGCGCUGGGGAUUCCCGGGAUUCAGCUCACCCCCACACGCUGGCUAUGGACCAUCUGUGGAAGAUAGCGUUACGGGCAAAUAGCACAGAUGUUUCUAUGGGCGCGAUACAGUACCUGAAUAGUUAUUACAUGGGACAGCAGCUUCAGCAAGAAGACGAUUUCGUAUCUAAGUGUAUGUUCCAUCUCUCUUCCGCUGCUGAGCGACUCAUAUCGAAAGAGCAGGACGAAGAAGGCUCAUCCAGCGCUAGCGGGACCGAAAAGAAAGAGACUGAUAAACCAACCGACAGACAAAACAUUUACGAACAUAUGACUGAGGAAGCGGCAUUACAGUGCAUACAGAGGGCGCUGUUGUUGCUGAAAACACAUUUGGACACGUUCAAAAGGAGAUACGCUUACCACCUGCGCCGCUGGGCGCUAGCGGAGUCCGGCGCGUGGGAGGGCGCGGGCGGCGGCGCCGGCUGCGUGCGCCUCACGCUGCAGCCCGCGGGGGCGGGGCCGCGCGCCACGCUCUCUCUGCACCAAUCGGAUCUCGUGGCGCAUCUGCGGGCGCACGUGCACGUGUGGUGGGAGAAACAGAUACAAGGCGAAGAAGGCGUAACGGCUUUGUCUACGGACGGGCCGCUACGAAUGAUAACUCAAGGACAAGAACUCACUAUAGACUAUGACGAACGGACCUUGUACGAUAUGGGGUUUAAAGAUAAUCAGCUGGUGUUCGUGUCGGUGGGCGUGACGGGGCGCGGCGCGUGGGCGGAGUGGCCCUCGGCGCAGCCGGCGCCGGCGCGCGCGCGGCUGCCCACGCUGCUGCUGCUGGACCCCACGUACUUCCACCAUCUGUUCACGCUGAUGCAGGCCCUGGGCAGGAUGAAGGAGCCGGGCUCUACUGGGGAGCCAGUGGCACACACGAAAGCGCAGCUACUAUCCAGAAGAGUGUGGGACAUACUCCAAGCCGUGCCUCUAAACCCCACCCUUUUGGAAGCCUUUCAAAAUCCCACUGAGAGCAAGCUACCAGAAUUGCUUGACCCCACCAGCCCACAGAAACUCAUGUAUUCACUCCAUAUCAUAGACAAAUUGAGCUCAACCAACACUGGUUCAAAUGUUAAGGAACCUUCAAUAAUUACUGAGAAGAAAGAAGAUGAUAAAAUAUUGGUGGAUAACUGGAAUGAGACGUUUAUAAAAAAGGGCGGUCUGAGGAUAUUGUACGAUAUCAUGAUGUCUGGCAUCCUCCAAAGAAGCGACGAUAGCGAAUGGCGACAAGACUGCCUCGCAUUGCUCCUGCAGUUGCUGUGUAGGAUUGGAACGCUGCCUACAUCAGAUCCGGCGCAGACGCCUAAACUACAUCCAUCCUUGCUGUCACUGAUGAGCGUAGAGGAAACCACGGAGAGGCUCAUUUCGAUACUGUGUGAAGCGGCCACGCCUAAAGAACCCGCCACAUACAAGACUGGGUUUUGGGGAAGAGCACAAGUGGUGCAGCACGCGAUGAGGAUGUGCGUGUGGUGGGCUCGAGGCGGGGGAGACGCGGCCGCUUUGGCCUGGGCUUUGAGAAGAGCGGCACCAAGGUUGUUGUUGGACGAUGCUGACCCAGCGGUUCGCCGCGAGGCCGGCAGCGCCCUCUACCGCCUGUGUGCGGGCGGCGAGUGCGGCGUGGUGGCGCCACUGCUGCAGCUGCUAUUGGCGCAUUUGCCCAGAGCCGCCGACAUGCGACAGAUGACUCACGAGCACGUGAUGCAUCAUCACGCAGAAGAAGGCAAGGAGCCGUACGGGCCGGCGUGUAGGGAUUAUUUCUGGCUGGUCUGCCGACUCAUAGACGGGUUGCCGGAAGACUUUUUUAAAGAGGGCGCCACUUCCGAAGAUAGCGGAGCACCCGACCUGAAUGAGCUAUGCGAGCAAAUUCGCUCGUCGCUCGAAAAGCGAGAAAUCAUCGAGCGAAGAGCGGAACCUUGCACACCAGACGACGGCCUCUACGGCCAACUAAGCUUACUCACUCAUUUGCUCAAACACCCACUAAGGUUUAAAACCUCAGAACAAGGCACGAGAACUUUAGAAAUGGUUUUCGGUUUUCUUUUCGAUGUGCCGAAUCCUGAGCAAAGGAAUCUACCUAAAUGCAAGUCGCAAAAGUCGCGGGCGGCGGCUUAUGAUCUCUUGGUGGAAUUAGUACGAGGCGCGCCUGAUAAUUAUAUGGUGCUGCAUCAUAAACUCAUGGAACAUCACAAGCCGGGUCCCCAGUCAUCGUACCCAUGGGACUACUGGCCGGCGGAAGAGUCCCGGUCGGAAUGCGGCUACGUGGGCCUCACCAACCUUGGCGCGACUUGCUACAUGGCAUCCUGUAUGCAGCACCUUUAUAUGAUGCCCGCCGCCAGAGCCGCCGUCUUGGCUGCUGAUCCUACUGACACCACACACGCUCAUACGCUGCAGGAGAUGCAGAGGAUGUUCGCGUAUCUCAUGGAAAGCGAACGCAAGGCUUACAAUCCGCGCAGUUUCUGCAAGGUGUACCAAAUGGACCACCAGCCUCUCAACACGGGUGAACAGAAAGACAUGGCCGAAUUCUUCAUAGACCUGGUCUCUAAGUUGGAGGAGAUGACGCCGGAACUCAAGAAACUAGUUAAAACUUUAUUCUGUGGCGUGCUUAGCAAUAAUGUAGUGUCCUUGGACUGUCCUCACGUCUCCCGAACUCUAGAAGAGUUCUACACGGUGCGAUGUCAAGUGGCGGACAUGCGCAAUCUACACCAGAGUCUGGACGAGGUCACCGUCAAGGACACACUAGAGGGAGACAACUGCUAUACAUGUUCGCAGUGUGCGGCUAAAGUACGCGCGGAAAAACGAGCGUGUUUCAAGAAGCUCCCUCGCAUACUAUGCUUCAACACAAUGCGAUACACAUUCAACAUGCUAACCAUGCUUAAGGAGAAAGUCAACACUCAUUUCUCGUUUCCUAUGAGACUGGACAUGUCUGGAUAUGUUGAGAAACAUCUUAUGCCAGCACAGUAUCAAGAAGAAAAACUGAAAUCCGCGGAGGGGAAAAAGGAAGGAGAAGGCAGCCCCAGCGGAGAGGCAGAGGACAAUUCGGAGUUUGAAGAACACUAUGAAUACGAGCUAAUAGGCGUGACAGUCCACACGGGCACAGCGGACGGCGGUCACUACUACUCGUUCAUACGAGACCGGGAACACGACCACCCCGACCGCUGGCUGCUCUUCAACGACGCUGAGGUCAAACCCUUUGAUCCUGCCCAUAUUGCGGCAGAGUGCUUCGGAGGAGAGAUGACGAGUAAAACCUACGACUCAGUGACGGAGAAAUUCAUGGACUUCUCUUUUGAGAAGACGAACAGCGCGUACAUGUUGUUCUAUGAGCUCGCGCCGCCGCGCAGCCAGCGGGGCUCCGACAGCGGGCAGCAAGAAGAGGCACAGUCAUCCCGCGCGGAGGAGUCUCCAUCAUCGGCGGUGGACCGUCGAGUAGACGCCGGGCGGUCAGUACAAAUACCCCCGGAUCUCCUCAAGUGGAUCUGGGACGACAACAUGCAGUUCCUACACGACAAGAACAUCUUUCAGCACGCGUACUUCACUUUCAUGGGUCAAAUGUGCAGUUCGGUGCCGCAGUCGUUACUCACAUUGCGACCUGAGAUCACGGAGGUCGCCGCAAGAUUAUCAACGUCGUUUUUCAUUGAAACUUUCAUACAUGCAAAAGAAAAGCCCACAAUGGUGUCGUGGGUGGAACUGGUGACGAAGCAGUUCAACGCAUCAGCAGCUGCCUCGGAAUGGUUCCUCGGACACAUGGCUGACGAUACGUGGUGGCCCAUGCAGGUUCUAAUAAAAUGUCCGAAUCAAAUGGUCCGGCAGAUGUUUCAGAGGCUUUGCAUGCAUGUUAUACAAAGGCUCAGAUCUAGUCAUUGUGCCUUAUACCUACAAGGUAGUGAGGAUGGAGAGGAUAACAGCAAGUUAGGCGAAGCCAGCUGUGUUACUAGGUUUAUAAGGAUGUUAUUGUCAUUGAUGGAAAACGGAGCGAGGUCCCAUUUACGGCACCUAACUGAAUAUUUCAGUUUGCUUUACGAGUUCAGUAAAAUGGGUGAAGAGGAGGGGAAAUUCAUGUUGAGGGUGAACGCCAUCGCCAGCAUGGUCGACUUCUAUUUGGGACAGAACUCCACCACGGUGGAGUCACCAACAGAAGAGGCUAGCGGAAGUGGUAGCGGAAGUGGGAGUGGGACAACUGAGUCCGCGGGAGACAAACUUAGGCCGGGAGCUCUGGACAAGAUGGUGGCUUUAGUGGCCGGUCUUGUAGAGAGGUCCCGCGAUGCCCAAGGCGUUCUUGCUUUACAUGAACCUGAUGCCAGGGCGCUGCUGCACGCCAAGUCACAACCUGACUUGUGUGUACAGGGGUUCCCGUUCAUCUACCAGCAAACCCGAGACUGCCUGAACCUUCAACAGACGAGAUCGCUGAUCUUCGCGCUGUGCCGCUGGAACGAGCCGCUGGCGCAGAAGAUAGUCAACAUGAUUUUCCAGGCCAUCGCCAAACAUUCCGAGACAUGUGGAGCAUUUUUUAAACUGCUAACUUUGCUGGCCGAGGGCAGCGGGGGUGGGGCGGGGGCGCCGGCGGGGCUGCCGUGCUUCACGCAGCUAGUGCUGGCGCGGCUGUGGGACGUGGCGGACGUAUGCGUGCACGCCGCGCUCGAGUGGAUCGCGCUACAGGUGCCGCGCAACAAAGCCGCCCACGCGUGGGCGCUGCGCACGGCGGACCGCUGGGUGGAGCCGCACCUGCUGGCGGCCAGCGCGGCGCGGGUGCGCGCGGCCGCCGCCCUGCUGCUGGUGGCGCUGGUGCCGUCGCAGCACUUCCGCGCCGGGUACGCGCGCACCAGGCAGCCGCACCACUCCCACCACGCGCACCACCUGGCCAAGCUGCCCGACACGGCGCAUCACACCUUGCACCAGGUGUACACAAUGCUUCUCGGCAAACUGAAAGCCGCUCGCAAGUACACUGAUAUCGCUGUUCACGGCACCGUGAAACUCACCGCGUACUUCGGUGUCAUGUCGUACUGCGUCGUCAGCCGGGUCGAGAAACUUAUGUUCGGGCAAUACUUCAACGACUUAUGGGAUUUAUAUCACCCUGCUAUAUCGGAGCCGUCAGUGGCGGUCCACCCCAACAAGCAGGCCUUACUGACCUUUUGGCACGCCGUCUGCCUGGACUGCCCCGAGAACGUGCAGCUGGCGGUCUCCAACCCCAGGGUCAUCAAACACAUCGCCUUCAACUAUAUACUCGCGGACCACGACGACGGCAGCGUGGUGGCGUACAACCGCGCCAUGCUGCCGCCGUACUACGCGCUGCUGCGGCUGUGCUGCCGCCGCUCCAGCGCCUUCGCCCGCGCGCUGGCGCAGCACCAGAACAUACACUGGGCCUUCAGGAACAUAGCGCCCCACGCGCAUCUGUACCAGGCCGCGGCCGAUGAGCUGCUCAGACUAGCGCGAGUGCUCGCGGCCCGCGGCGGCGGCGGCGGCGGCAGCAGCGGCAGCAGCGCUGACAGCACGGACGCGAGGGAAGCGGCCGCUUUUCGAAGGAGCACGCUCUCCGCUUAUUUACAGGGUCUGAAUGGACGAACGUGCUGGACGACGUUAAUUUCAGCGUUUUGCACUCUCGUCGAAAACGAAGACGACAGAUUAUAUGUAGUUUACAAUGGCGGGCUGCAGAUGACGUUCGAGGCAUUACACAGCCUCCACGCCGUGUACGUGGAAGGCGGGGGCGCCAGCGGGGGAGGCGCGGGCAGUGCGGGGGCGGGGGGCGCCGUGCGGGGGGAACUCAUCGCCGCACUGCGCUGGGCGCGCGCUCUGUGCAGAACAUUGCGGAUUAGACGCGACGCCAAGGAAGCAAGAGCGUUGUUACUGGCCUGUAAAGAUUGGCCGGAGUGCGCGCGUCGGUUGUUGACUAUGCUGACGUUACAUCAUCGACUGGCGCAUCUCAGAAGAGCCGCCUUAGGUGUGCUCCGGGAACUGGUAAUGAUCGGCGGCAGCGCGGCCCUGGGCGCGCUGGUGCCGCUGGCGGCGGGCGCGCACUGCGCGGCGCGCGGCGUGGGGGGCGCGGCCGCGGGCGCGCGCGGCUCGCCGCGGUCCCGCGCGCACUUGCAUCUCUGCGCUCGGCAGAUGAACGCGCCUGCUCCGCCGCUGGCGCCGGUGUACAGGCCGUACCACAAGUUUAUUGACACAUGUUGCCGGGUAGCGCGCAGUCAGCGUUGUAUGUCGGAGCAAUUAGUUUUAUUGUCGGCGCUCUGUGCAUUGGAGGCGAUACCUUUGAGGUUUAACUACUUCGCGGCCUUCUGGAACGAAGUGGCCGCCUGUCCGGCGGAUUCGAAGCUAGAAGAGAUGUUGCUAGAAUGUAGCGUAGUGUCAGAGUACGUGGACGCGGUGCUGCUGGACGAGCGGGACUCGCUGGAAGACCCCGUCAUAUACCAGUUCAUGCGGCACUACUAUCCUAAGCUGGGCGGCGGCGGCAGCGCAGCGUCGGCGGCGGAGGCGCUGGCCGCGGAGGUGGCCCGCGGCGCGGAGCGCGGCGGCGUGGGCGCGCUGCUGGCGCCGCUGCGCGCGCUGCUGGUGCUGUGCGCGCGCGCGCCCGCGCCGCCCGCCGCGCUCGCCGCCGCGCGCGCCGUGCUGCAGCGGCUGCAGCGCGCGCCCGAGGAAGAGACGUCCGAGCCGGAGACGGCGUCGGAGCCGGCCGCGUCCCCGGCGCGGGCCGCGUCGCCGUCUGGCAGCUCGCCGGACGAGCCGCUCGACGAACUCGCCUCUCUAGACGACGAGCCGGAAGACGAACCUCCGCACUCCGCCCCUACUUUACAUCAGUAUAGAACUCAGGUGUCGCUAGCGGCGCAGCAGCUGCUCUCGUCCGCGCCGCCGCCCGCGGACACGUAGGAGCGCCGCGCCGGCCCGCCGCGCCCGCCCCGCCGCGCCGCGCUCGCCCGCGUGCUCGCCGCGCUUGUGGCGGCGCUGCUCGUGCUCGCUCUCGGCUACACGUGGCUGCGGACCACUGAAUGUAACUACACUACUCUGUUCUAUAUUUAAGUUGUUGAAGACAUCGUCACAGUACGCUCGUUGCGAUUGCCCGAGCGUAAGUUAUGCUCGUACUCGUCUACACGUGGCUACGGACCACUUAAUAUAAUAACAUUUCUGUGUUAUAUGUAAGUGGUUGAUGACACCGUCACAGUACGCUCGUCUCGCUUGCAAGAGCAAGAGUUAUGCUCGCUUUUGUCUGGACGUAGGUACGGAGCACUGAAUGUGACUUACUUAUUUACUGUUUUAUAUAGAAGUGGUUGAUGAAAACGGACUUUGAUUGUAUUUUGUCGAUUACUGUAUUGUAUCAAAACUCAUUCCCGUCACAAGUCGGAUGAUAAGAUCAUGAGGAUGAUUAUAUUAAUUUUAAACAAAAAAAAUUAGCUUCUUUUGCUGUCUGACUAAAUAAUGAUUAUCCGUUAUUCAAGAGUAAAACCAAUUUCUCCUAAAGACAAGCUUAAUAAAAUAUAAUACUUGACUCGCGAGGGUACUCGCUAAAAUUACUGUAUAAAUGUGCAGAUGUGAUUAUAUCUGUGUUGUAUACCUCUGAUAUUGAACAACAAAAUACUGCAGAAAACUAUAACAGAAAUAUAAUACACAUGUAUAACUAUAAAAUUUUAUUUAAUACCUUAUUAAAAUUUGGCCGGGAAAUUGUAUAUAGAAAUACGUACAAAAGGAACCUAUCUUCCUUAUAAAAAAUCAGAGAUUAGUUACAAAACUCCUCGGAACUUUUUUAUUUAUUUUCUCAGAAACAAAUUUCUAUCUGUACGGUAAUAUUUACAAAAUAAUUUAUCAUUGCACUGCAUAAGAUAAAAUAUCCACAUUGAAUUAGAUUCAGUGUCGUUUUCAAAAUUGAAAACGUUUGAUCAAUCGUUGUUUUUAUAAUAUAAGCCGGUGUAAUAUAUAUAUUCAGGAAAGAUUUGAAUUUGCCUAUAUUCAGUAAAGAUUUGAAUUUGAUUCAAAACGUCUCUUAUUCGACUCCUCUUAAUAUAAGAACUUGCGUACGAGACGGUUUGUAAUUAAUUACAAUUAAGCUAAAACAAUGACACGACGCGACUAGUUUCUUUGAGUAACAAUGUAUAAAGCAACAUAUACCCCUACUCAUAUAUAUAGUAACAUAUUACUAUGCUUAAUUAUUGUAGAGCUGCGUUAACUUACAGUAUGUAAAGUCACUCGUUUCGUGUCUCUGUUUUUAUCAGCUUGAUUGAAAAGUAUGUUGACGGCCCCGCUGUAAGAUGUGGCCUAGUAUAAUGCUUUAUUCAAUAACGGUUUGCGGAUAAAAAAAUAUUUUAAGUUUUAAAUUUAUUUAAAGGCUCAUUCAUGAUUGAUGAUGUUCUCACACGGCUCACGAGAUACCUAGGCCACGUUAAGACCACCUCCCAUACACUUGACAGCUAUCUCCUGAGCCAACCCUACCACUUGAAAGGCGUAAAUUAAGAUUUGACUGCCAUGAGUUUUGUCGCUUGUUGUUUUAGUCGCUUGUGACUGAAGUUAUUUUUCCACUAUCGAAAGAGUCGAGGUACUUAUAUUCUCAAAUUCAUAGUAGUCGUUUCUAAGUUUGCAUCCAUAUAAAUGAGAACUGAGAUUUCUCGUCUCGACGCACGUCGCAAUUACAUGAUAUGGCAUGUAUAGAGAUGAAAGGUAAAUUGACACAUGUACGCAAAUCGUUAGUGUUUUAAGGCCAAGAAUCCAGCUCAAUGCUAUGUCUAGAUUAGCUAUUAUAAAGAAUCUUAAGUCAUUAAUAUAUUACGUUAGUUAAUGUUAAUGUGUUUUCGAAGUUUAUUGUAAAAAAAUGUAUGUAUGACUGCCGCGCUUUGCUUUAUUAGAAGCGAUUAGUCAUAUAUUUUGAUUCAAUACAAUUUUUUUCUGUAACGGCAUAUUUCUUUGACGUUGUUUUUUUAUGAACAUUCCUAAUUUGGACAUCACACAUAUUGGUAUAAAUAACACCUUAUCGCUAGAGGCUUUAAUAUAAAAAUAUUUUGUUAUCAUUAUCGUAUGGAUAUUACUGAUUCAUAAUUAAGGACUUCAGAUACCUUAAAUUUCUAGGUAAAUAGAUAUCGUGCUCUUUAUUAAGGAUUUCAAGAUAUUUCGAUUUUUAUAAAGUGUAUUAGGUAAUUUGUCUUUGUAAAUUUAUUUACGCAUUUAUUUGCUGAGAAAAGAAAGAGAUAAAAGGCAUGAUUCUUUAUUUUUUAAUAUAUUUUUUUAGAACUCAAUUUAUGUUUAUGGUGAUUGGGUCAAAAUCAUUAUUGUGUUUCGGCUGUGAAAAGUUUGUUAGUGUAAGUAAUUUUCGUAUAAGAAAAUGGAAAAAUUGAAUUCUUCUUAUUGAUUAGGUUGCUUCGUUGGCUAUAACAUCAAACCUGUAAAACUGUUUACUCCCGUCCAAGGCGCGUACUUUGUUUGCGGAAUUUUGUAAAUUAAGCCAGUACAAUUUGUGUAUAUAAUUAUAUAAUUCUUUAAUUUUUUUUAAGGUUUUAACAUGUAUUUUACUAUAUUUGUGUGUGAACAGCGUCGCUUUGUUUUUGUGGCGUUUUAGCGCUUGACCAUUUUGAUAAAAGACAAACAGGGUUCUUAUUGGAACAAGUACAAAACCCUGCAGAGACAAAGUGAACCUUGAAACAUUAUGUUAUUCUAAAUGUGGUUUAUAUCGUUGUGUGAACGUGGUGAACGAAAUGUAUGUUAUGUGUUUUACACAAAACUAGUUGUAACUUGUGUAGAACAUGUUAAACAUACACCUUUACAGAAUUACAAAUUAUAGUUUAGGAUUUUCUUAGUGGCGACAAGUCUUAGCCAUUAUGAAUUUCCUAAGUAUUUAAUGGCAUGGAAAAAAGCAUGUUUUUUUUUGCGAAUAUGAGUGAAUUAAGCCGAAUGUACAUGCUAAAUAAACAUUAUAUCGAACGGUAGAGCCUACGUAAUACACUGCCCUACGGUAAAAAAAUACACUUAAUUCAUUGCAAGUAAAUUAGUAUAUAUAAUAAUUAGGACAGCAAUGAUUUUUGACAAGGAGCAAGUCCAUUUUAUAUGUUUAUAGUAAGUAACACCGCUAUAGUAUAUCGACCAUCACAAUUACUCGUAUAGGUAUUUAGGAAACUCAAGGGAACUCUAAUUAUUGACUUGUAGUUAGUUUAUAUCUCUCGAAUAUUAUAUACCUACAGCGUCACGUCGUAGCUGUCUAUAGUGUAAAGAUAAAAAAUAAAACCACAAAUAAACGGAAAGCAAUAAUAUUCAACCGUACGAAUUAAUAUUACUCACUAUAUGAAGUCUCAAUUUUUCACCAUCGUUUUGUACUUUACUCAUUGUAAUGUUAUAUUAAAUACAUUUUACUUAUGUUAUAGAUAUAUUUAAGGUGGAGUGCGCGUGUGAUGAAGUGAUCAGUCACUGGACAAUGUUGUAGAGGGUUGAUGUAAAGUGGUGCUAUCAAACUGAUUGGAUGACUGGAUUUAAGACAAAUAUGUAUUUAAUUUUGUCCUGAUUUUAGAGCUUAUUAAUUAAUUAAUAUAUAUCUUAUACAUAGCUAUGCUGUAAUUAUCUUAUUUAAUUUUAAGAUUACAUAUAAUUAUUUUGUUUUUUGUGAAAUAUGAUGUAAUGCGACAAUAUAUGCAGAAGAUUGCAAUCAGUUGCAUUGCAUCUCGUUUCAAGAUUUGGCUUGUAUUGAUAAAACUUUGAACUUUGUAUGAUAAUUACAUGUUAUUGAGUUUCAGUCGAAUAUAACUGUGUUAUGAAUAUCAUUUGUGAAAAUUGAAAAAGUAAAUACUGUAAAUCUGACUGGAAAGCCAAAGUAAA